UGGUUUCAGCUGUUUAUUAUCCGCUCAGCGUCUGGAUGGUUGUUCUUGAUGGAAGUCAGGCUGCAGACCCAAACUUUGUUUUUGCUGAGUGUUCUUCUGAAACUUUGCCGCUGGAGUUGAGCGAUGUUGCGCCAUAAACUUUAUCACAUUUUGUUCUGUAGACUUUAUUGUGUUUUUAGUCUCUUGAUUCUAUGAAAGCUGAGAUGUGAAGCGGUCAUAAGAAACCACAACCUGGAUUUAUUAGCUUAAUUCUCUUUAACUGCCUGGAUCCUCAGCCGCCCUGCUGGAUGGACGGGUGACCAUCCAGCAGGGCGGUGCUCCAUGCCCCGCCCUCCUGCUUCCUGUUUUCCUCAUCAUCUUCCCUCUUCUUCAGCUGUGCUCACACUGAACGCUGGACCGUCACAACAGGAGUGAACGUGGUCAAGCGAGUGGAGGGUGCUGAUAAGAAGGACUGUCACAGAGGAAGACAAACGCUGUAGAGAAGCUGAGCAAACCGCUGAAGAGAUAAAGAUGGGGCUUCACCAUGAACACGGGGCCUCCAUGGAGGAGCCAGAACGCUGCGACCUGCAGACAGCAGUCCAGUCACCUGCUAAUCACGCCACCUCAACCGCUUCUCCCAUCAAUGCUCGACUCAGCAGGCGCCCUGCGAGCGAGGCCCACGGUGACAUGAUGUUUAUGGUCGGUGGGUGGAUGCAGUCCGACCCGUCCUUUCUGGUUGAGCGGUUUUGUCCUGACGUUAACGAAUGGAGAUCGACUGCACACGUGUUCAACAAUCGAGCAGGUGUAGCUGUCGCUGCACUGGAGGGCAGGAUCUACACUGCAGGUGGAGAAAACAACGCCCAGCGAUACAGCAGUGUGGAGAGCAGUCAACGGUUGGAUACAGCGGCUCCGCCCCAACCGUUCCAUUCCACUUUUCUAUGGAUCUACAAUGGAUUAGGGGGCCGGAUCCGGCCCUCCAGGUACAGCCCAGACUCAGACUGCUGGAGUACCGAUGUAGCACCCUUGAGCAGCCCCCGCAGUGGAGUGUGUCUGGUGGCGAUGGACGGGUACCUGUACGCCGCUGGAGGACAUGAUGGCUUUACCGCCGUGAAUAUUGUGGAGAGGUAUGAUCCACACACUAACGAAUGGAGCAAGCAGCCUCCAAUGUUGACCAGGAGAAGCAGAGCGGCUGCUGCUGUGCUGCAGGGCCACCUGUAUGUGAUUGGAGGAAAUGAUGGUGAAAACGCUCUGAGCUCAGUGGAGCGCUACGACCCUUUAGAAGGUACCUGGUCGGUCUGCUCCCACAUGCUGAGCCCCAGGGAGAGCGCCGGCUGCGCCGCGUACAUGGGACACAUUUACGUUGCUGGGGGCAAAGACGAGCUCAACCUGAAGCUCUGCUCUGCAGAGAGGUUUGAUCCUUGUGAGAUGAGGUGGAGCUCUGUGAAAUGCAUGAGGAGCAAGAGAGAGAGUGUGUCUCUCGCAGUAUUUAAUGGCGUGUUGUUGGCUAUUGGAGGACAUGAUGGAGAUUCUGAUCUGAAAUCGAUAGAUAUUUAUGACCAUGAAACCAACUCAUGGAGAUACUUUGGGAGCCUGAAGAGCAAGCAUCCAGGCGGGAGAGUGGCUGUGCUGAGACUCAACACAACACUAAUAUGAAUAAGCAUAGAUAAUAACAUGAAAAAGUGUCUAAUGGACGCAGGUUUCAGCGGUGAUGCAGAAGCUGCACAGAGGCUGAAGAGUUCUCCCUAAAAUUAUACACAGCUGCAUUAGUCACAGAUGACGGCUAAUUCUGCUGAAUGACUCCAAGCGCUAAAUCAAAGCUCAUUAAAGGUGACUAACUUUAAAUUAAAAGUGUAUUUUUUAACCUCAUGAGGGCAAAAACAUGGACUUAAAAUGGAGUGACUGUGUCUGAGGAUGAUAGACUUAAAAAAAACAACUUGAAAUUAUUAAAAUAUGUUGAGAAAAAUACUUGUCUUUUAUUUAGACUUUAUAUUUUAGACCACGUGUGUCAAAGUCGAGGCCCGGGGGCCGGAUCCGGCCCUCCAUGUAAUUCUAUGCAGCCCUUCAAAUAAUUUAAUU